AUGGACAGGAGCAUGCUCAGACAGAAACCCGGGGAGAAGCAGAACAAAAAAUGGUGGAAUUUGUGGAAGAAAUGGGAAGGUGAAGAUACCGACUGGUGGUUUGCGAGUACCGGCAUCCCGCUUCUGGCGGCUACUCUGGGGCCGCUGGCCAACGUGAGCUCUAUUGCUGCCCUGGUAACGCCUUGGAGACAGCGGAACAUCAUCAACGGGGAAGUCCUGACCGAUUUUGAAGGGGUACCUUUUGAUGAUCCACGAUGGUGCUAUUGGAUCAACGUUGUUUCGCUGAUUUGCGGCUUCCUGGGCAACUUUUUCCUGCUCUUAAACUUUACACAAAGAAUCCGAUACAUCAUUGCCCUGCCAGCCACCGUGAUACUCUGGUAUUUGUCGUCCGGAUUUCUUAUUGCAAUUACCAUAUGUAUGCAAGUCUACACGCCUCCGCUCCGUCCGGAAGAAACGUAUACUCAAGGAUUUUGGUACGCGAUCGCGGCAGCAGUCUUCUACACGGUAUGCUCCAUGCUCUUGAUGAUCAAUAUGUUGGGAUACUUCCUGGGCCAUUAUCCGGACAACUUUGCGCUGAGUGAGAGCCAAAGGACGCUCAUCCUACAGACCAUGACCUUCUUUAUCUGGCUAGGAGGCGGAUCUGCGGUAUUUGCCAAACUUGAACAAAACGCUGGCAACCAGAGUUGGCGAUUCGCGGAUGCCUUGUACUUUUGCGAUGUCACAAUUCUCACAGUCGGCUUCGGUGACUUGGUACCGACGACCAAUGUGACGAGGGGCAUCGUCUUCCCCUACUCGGUUGGAGGCACAAUCAUUCUAGCCCUCAUCGUUUCAUCACUGUAUACCGCGGUCCGCGAGUUAAGUGACCAGAAGGUUGUCCAGAAACACAUCGAUCGCAUGCGCGAAAGCGUAGCCGAACGCACCGUGACUAAUUCCUUUGAUCUUCGCUGCCGUGAACGCGAAGCCCAUCACCUCCUGAGGAAGCGCAAACUGGGGUUCCCUCAGAUCUCUGCGCCUAGUCAACCACGGCCUUUUCGUACACCCAUGGAUGCCGGCGCUCAUCGUACGUCGGCUCUUCCGCGCGUCACGAGAGCCCUGGGCAUCGCGCCCAAAUCGAAGCUGUUGCUUUUGAAAGAAGAGAAGGACCGUUUCGAGGUUAUGCGUAAAAUUCAAGCCGAGUCCAAGAGGUUCAAGCGAUGGAUGGCCUUGUUCUGGUCAGUCACCACCUUCUUAAUCCUUUGGUGCGUCGGUGCCAUUGUAUUCUGGCAAACGGAAAAAGACAACCAGGGAAUGACGUACUUUAAAUCUCUAUACUUUUGCUACGUCUCCCUGCUCACCAUUGGGUAUGGCGAUCUCGCGCCCAAGAGCAAUUCUGGACGCUGCUUCUUCGUCAUCUGGAGCCUAAUCGCCGUCCCAACCAUGACGAUUCUCGUGUCUGACCUGGGAGACACGGUAGUAGCAAACUUCAAGAAAUGGAGCGAUGAGUUUGCCGACUUUACCGUGUUGCCCAAAGCAGGCAUAUGGCGUGCAUUCCUCGACAAGCACCCCUGGCUCCUCUACUGGCUGCAACGCUGGGCUGAAAACCGCGCGCGAAGGCGGCGCAUGAAGAAAGGGUUUGAAAUAGGGGGCACGGGGUCCGAGGACGGAGCUCUGAAUGCUUCUAGUCUGCACGAAGGCAAUACCGGUGCACCUGGAGAUGCAGAGAGUCAGCGACUUGGCGACACACCCACCGACGACGCAGAAGCAUCCCCCGAAACCAUUCUUCCUCAGACCCCGAGCAUCACUUCGACAUCGCGCCAACUCGCCCUGUGCAUCCAGAAAGUCUCCCAGGACCUCAAGCAACCGCGUAAACGCUACACGUACGAGGAAUGGGUCGAAUUCACACGCCUGAUCCGUGCUACACAUCCCGACCGUCUCGAUCGCUACCUCGACCGCUAUCUCGGCACAGACCACGUUCCAAUGGACGAUGAGAACGAGGAGGGGCUAGUGAAUUGGGAUUGGCUCGGUGACCACAGUCCCUUGGUAUCAGGAAGCAGCGAGAGCGAGUGGCUGAUGGAGCGACUAAUAGAGAGCCUAGUGAGACUGGAGAAGCGAAAAGAAGUCGCGAGACGCAAUCUGGAUGAAAUUGUAUCGCGUACCGCCGCUUGGCCGUAA